AUGGCAUUACUUUGUCGACACAAUCGAGUGCUGUGGCUCAUUAACAUGACCUCUGCUGGCGAGAAGCAAUAUUACUCCCUUGCAUUAGUGAAGUGGCUCUUCAAGCAUCUACCGCCUGAUAUGCUGGUGGGGUUGCUAUACGACAUUGGAUGUCAACUUGAGCAUAGUUGUCAGAAGUGGGGCUUCCUGGAUGACUCUAUUCUAUCAUGUAUCAGCUUCAGAAUAUCUGUGUUUCAUGCAUACGGUCACCAGUGGCCUUGUCAAAUUGUCUACCACCCUCAAAAGUGUGCUGGGUUUGGGCUAUCUGAUGGAGAGGGCUGUGAGCAUCUAUGGAGUGCCUUGAAACAUCUCAUUCCAAUGCUUUGA